AAACUCGAUUACCGGACUAAAAAGAGCGAAAAUAUCACUUAAAGCGUGAAUUUGACGUCUUGGAUUUAUGUUUAUACUCAAAUAACAUGAGUUCCAAGGUACCAAGUGUUUUAAAAGAACCUACACUUCCUAUUAAACAGCGAGAUUUGUCUCGAGGCAAGAAGUUUCGUGACACGGUCAAGAAAUGGGGUGAACCAACACAUUUGCAUCGAAAGAGAGUUAUUAUCGUACCAAGUAUUGCUUGUGAGGCUAGAGACGUUGAUUUAAGUCCUCAAGAUAGAGGAAAAGGCCUUCCAAUUGUCCCUGGUGGCGACACUGGUUCAGUUAUUUUAUCUGGAGAUGAAUUCAAAARUGCUAAACUUCGUUCAGAAUAUGAAAAGUACAAAUCUUGGAUUGCAGAAAGAAAGAAGCUCAGGUCGGUUAUAAACCAGAGUGGUCUAAAUCAGACAUGGUUAGACAAAAAACUGGGAAAAACACCUCUAGAAAAGCGUGUUCUUAAAAGAAUGAAAAGAGAUUGUACACCAGAUAUACGAAUUAGAAAAGUGCUACCAGAUGUCAAAUCCCCAGAGGAAGAUCCUACUACAGGGGUCGACAAAGGAGUCCCUACAAUCCAUCAACCAUCACCAGCGGCUCUUGCAAUAAUCCAAGAAUAUCUGGACAAAAAGAGAAUGCGGCUUGUGGACCUUUUUGCACAGGCAGAUAAAGACAAGAACUGGAUUGUAUCUCGUGAUGAGUUUAGGAAUAUUAUCAAGUCYUCACAAAUACCUCUAAGUGAAACUGAUUUAGAAGAUUUAAUCUUGGCUCUUGAUAAGGACGAGAAUGAUGCUUUAGACUACUURGAGCUAUCGGCAGGAAGACAGGCUUAUCUAGAUGAAAGAAUUGUGCAACAGAAUAAAAGUGUAGAUCCACACAACACCUCAGARUCUUUAGCUGAAGAUUCCAAAGAAGAUCUCUCACUAACAGAUGCUAAAGAUGGWAGUGACUCAAGACCUGCUAGUCCACACAAAAGUCCUCCAAGCUCACCAACACUAAAGGAAUUACCAGACAGUCCAGGCAGCCGACCAUCGUCUCCUUCUUUAUUGGAAAUUCCUGCUACAGUUUUGUCAGAGAAGGUUGAAAAAGUCUCAUUAGAUGAGAUGAAGUCAAUGAGAAUUAAAAAACAACAAAAAAGAAAAGAAAGAGAGAAAGCAAAGCAGAAAAAGAAACAAGUUGACAAACCACAAGUUGCUCCAUCGACAUUAGGGGGGAUCACUGGGGAAGUUAUUGACAAAUACCGAAAACGAACAAUGCAGGAAUAUAACGACACAGUAAAACUAUGUGACAUGCAUGGAGUACAGCUUGGUAAAGCUCUCCUCGGUAGAGUUCUUCUGCAACCUGAAGAUAAACCUGUAACUCAAUGUCUACCAAAACUACGACAACCAAGCUAUUUCAGUAUAUCUUCACGUCAUUAUAUUCCUAGUGGUCCACAACUAAAAAACCCUGAAUGGGCUUCUUGACUAUUAUAGAACACUAAUAUUCAAUAAGAACAUGGCCAUUAUAUUGUCUGAUUGCUGAUUAGAUUGACUUUAUUAUUUACAAAUGUAUAAUUGAUUUUUAUUCUAAGAUGAAAUAAAAUUWUAUGAAUUUUUA